CCCAAACGUCGAGCACAUCAUGUCUUUUCCUUCGUUAAAAUGCCAUCGUUCCAUGUACAAACCUAUAUUCCAGUCGUCCUCUUCAAUCUGUGUCUCGCACGAGCAAAUCAUACGGUUCUCCACCAACAGCACCCAAAUCCUGGAUAACCCCGCUCUUCCGACACUGUAGUAGUUGGGGAUUGCAACAUGCAUGGCCGAGCCCAGCGUGUUGAGCCCUUUUCCAUCAGUUCAUGUGCCCUAGAAUUCUCCCUGGGCCGUGCGAGCCAACGAUAAACGUUCCAUCGAACUUUGUGACGUAUGUGAAGACGCCGAUAGAUGUCCAGAAGAAGCGCGCGGAAGAUAAACAGCGUCGUUGAGGCUGUUAUGUGCAGACCAUGACAAUCGGAUCAUAAAACAGUUGAAACAGUGCUGGUUAGAUUUGCUGGAGAGUGAAGGGCCUCGUGUUGAUGUUGAUUAUGGUUCUUCAGACUGUUACCUGGAUUCUCCUUGGCUUUGAAGUUGGUACGACGGUUGGUACGCUGUGUCGUUGCCACGGUCUCAGCUGUAAAUGCGAUGUACUUUUUUGGUCUAUUGGCGAUAACGAAAUGGAAGGGAAUAAGAUGGGUGGUACAUGUGUGCGCCUGUUGGAGAUCUCGAGAAUACCUUCGACGUAUACACUAAAAAUCAAACUAGUAAGUUCCCUCAGGGAUACUAUGGAAACUUGCUGUUACGUUCUCUCUUGUAUCAACUGUAGCUGCUGCUGUUGGUACACGACCCUAACCCCAAUCUUACUUUUCGAACUCUCAGAACUCCAUGUGGCGGACAGCUAAGCUUCCUUUCGCGUAAUCUUUGUGGUCCAAGUCAACUUCCUUGGGGAUUACUGGGUUUCUACCAUUCUGUGCUCGCCCCUCUUUCUACAGAGCUUGCUAUUCUCCCGCCCAUGUUAUCGCCAAGUCCUUUUGACACUGUCUUGCCUCAAAAAACUGAUUUCCGUCCCUCUCUCUUCCUUCGUUCACACGGCUCUGGUCUCUUGCUAAACCGACUGACAUAGGUAAUGCCAGCUGGGUUGCCGAUCUCACCAUUGUUCUUGCACGGCUACCAAUCCCUGUCCGCCUGCCCCUCCUGUGACAUCUCUUUCGAGGCAUAGAGUCGAUGACUGCAUCCUGUCCG